CGAUUCUUGAUGGGUUCUGCUUAUGCGUGACUUGUCGCUGCUCUGCAUGUCACGUGAUCGCAUGGAAGCGAGAAGAGGAAAAUCGGGUGACAAACAAAAGACCUGUGUAUAAUGUAUUCACCAACGUUUUGAGAGCGGACAUUUAUACGGAAACAAACCGCCGGAGUUAUACACAAAAACACUCCAGAGGUGGAUAUUUCGAUUUUUGGCGAUUUAAGUACUUUUGACGAAUGAAGUCAACUUUUGACAAAUGUAUUAAGGAUCGAUUUUUGGUUCCAGUGUAAAGACAGCUUAUAAAUUUUCGCCUUCAUCUAGAACCAAACAUGCGAUACUAGUAUAUAGUUCAAUCAUUGCAACAACAAAAAAUGGCUGUUCGGCACUUCGGUGAGUUUGUCGUGAUUGUAUACCUGACGUUAGUCACAUCUGGAUCCUCGUACGCGGAACAAUUACCCAAUGUCGUAUUCAUUCUCGCUGACGAUUACGGAUUCAACGACGUCGGCUACCAUGGUCGAUCGCAAGGGUCUGCAAUACUGACGCCGAACCUGGACCGGCUCGCAGGCGAGGGUGUUAAGCUAGAGAACUACUACGUUCAACCGAUCUGCUCUCCAACGAGGAGCCAGCUCAUGUCAGGAAGAUACCAGAUCCACACGGGUCUCCAACACGGCGUGAUCAGACAUGCCCAGCCGAACUGUCUGCCCAUGGAUGAAGUCACGCUCCCACAGAAACUCAAGGAAAAUGGAUACACCACCAACAUGGUCGGUAAAUGGCAUAUCGGCUUCUACUUGGAUGCUUGCACGCCCACCGAAAGGGGCUUCGAUUCUUUCUUUGGGUUCCUAAUAGGAGCUGAAGACCAUUACACGCGCAUGCUCUCUUGCGAGGCAUACAAUGCCGACGAUGGCAGUACCAAGACCCUAUCAGGACACGACCUACACGCGAACAAGACACCGGUCUUCGAUUACGAAGGACAGUAUUCCACCCAUCUCUUCACGAAUAAAACAAUUGAUGUCAUAGAGAGGCAUGACAAGACAAAGCCACUCUUCAUAUACCUGGCAUAUCAAGCCGUUCACGCACCUUUGCAAGUACCUGACAGCUACAUGGACCAAUACAAGAACAUAGCCGACAAAACCAGACGUACCUAUGCUGGUAUGGUAUCUUGUAUGGAUGAAGGUAUAGGAAAUGUGACACAAGCUCUCAAGGACGCUGGUCUUUACGAUAAUACCAUCAUAAUAUUCUCAACAGAUAACGGUGGACAUAUUGAUAGGGGUGGCAACAAUUGGCCACUACGGGGAAGCAAAGGAUCCAUGUGGGAAGGAGGGAUUCAUGGAGUAGGGUUCGUACACAGCCCUCUUCUACCCGAUGCAGUCAAAGGAACAGUCAAUCAUGAAUUGAUGCAUGUGAGCGACUGGCUACCGACUAUCGUAGCAGGUAUUGCAGGUGGAGCGUUGAAUGGAACCAAACCCUUAGACGGCUACAAUGUCUGGAGCUCCAUCAGUGGUACAGCUUCGUCCCCUCGAACGGAACUCUUGCACAAUAUCGACCCGAAAAAGAAGCGACCUGAGAACGAGAAAUUCGAUACAUCAAUGAGAGCUGCGCUACGCGUUGGAGACUGGAAAAUAAAGACGGGCGCAGACUAUGACGUAACCGUAUUCAACGAGUGGAUGCCGCCACCCGAAUCCGGACUCGACACGAUAUAUCCGACAGAGAAACCGAACCAAAAGGUCUGGCUCUUCAACAUAACCGCCGAUCCUCUGGAGCAAACCGAUCUUGCAGAAAAGUACCCGGAUGUGGUCGAUGAGCUUGUACAGAAAUUAGAGGAGUAUUACAAAGGUUCGGUUCCAAUGCGGUAUCCGGAUGAGGAUUUGGAAGCGGAUCCGGCUUUGCAUGGCGGUUCAUGGGGGCCAUGGAAGUAAAUCCAUAGCAAAUUUAGGCUGAAACUGCUUCGAUCGAUACUAAUAGUAGUGGUUCUUCUAGGACCCCCUCCCAUGACAUAUAUAUAUAAAUAUAUAUUAUAUACAUAACAUUCUUGAAAACUGUUUGAAAACUGCAGUGCAUGAAAAUGCCAGAUCCAAAGGGCAAAGAGCACACGUUCCUCCCCCCCCCCCCACACACACACACACUCCAUCAAACAAUUGGGAAAUAUGGGAAGCAGACAAUGAGAAGAAGAAGAAAAAGGGAUGGAGAAAGGGAAUGAUAAAAUGGGAAAGUAAACAGGAAGAAGACACAUAUGAAGCAUGUGCUUAUUUAAUUUGUUAGAAUUUCGUAGCACAACGGCACACCAAACUCCGCAUGACUUUUUUGUUUGUUCGUCAUAGAAUUUUCGAAAUUUCCCUCCACCCCGAGCCAAAAAAUCCUGGGUCAACUAAUGCAUCUUGUGGUAACUGUCCCAUAUUUAUACACAACGACUUACAGGACUGAGAACAAGUAAUAUUACAACAAGUAUUAUCUCUGUCUACCAUCAAUAACAAAGUUUUGAUGUUAUUAACAGCGCCAAAUUAAUCUAAUUGAUCUAGACAUCACAGAGGAGUCUGUUAAAAAGAAGAGGUAAAAUAGAAUUUUAUUUGUAACUAUUAUUUCAUUUUCAAAAUUAUUGUAAGGUUUGAUUAGAACAUACUAUGAGUACCUUCUACACUCAGUUUAAACUAGAAAUAAGAGGGGAAAUUUAAUUAUUGGAGAUAUCUAAGUAUUGCUAGCUUGUGUCCUGUUCAGACAAAGUUUCUUGAGUUCAUUUAUGUUUCACCAGAGAAUUUAAAUCAUGAGAAACUUGUUCUUUCUUUCUAAUGACAGAAUUAUUUGAAUCUACGACAGGUUUAUAUGAACAUAUGCAAUGACUGUGCCUCAUACUGAUAUGAAAUUUACAAUACUCUUGUAUUUGGUAGAACGUGUGUUCCCUGA